AUGGAGCGUAUCCGCGGGCUUAUCGCUCGCCGGCCUACAUAUGAAGCAAUCGAGCAGCCGGUUGACGCCGACAAUGAGAGCAUUCACUCUGCUCGUGAGGAGUUGGAGCAUCCCCGUUUCUCCAAAUAUGAAUAUGCAGUAUUCUUCCUCCUGGGAGUGUCUAUGCUAUGGGCAUGGAACAUGUUCCUCGCUGCUGCACCAUACUUCUACCACCGUUUCCACACAGACGACUGGGCAGCAACCCAUUAUCAACCUUCAAUAUUGACUGUAUCCACCGUUACUAACUUAGGUUCCUCGUUCAUCCUGGCCAAGCUGCAGAAGGGAGCAUCAUAUCCGAAGCGGGUCACUAUCUCCCUGCUUAUCAACAUCGUGGUAUUCACGCUCUUGGCCUUCUCCACCAUCUUGAUGAAAGAUGUCUCAGUGAGCACAUAUUUCGGCUUUCUCAUGAUCAUGGUAUUCGGGGCCAGUCUUGCGACCGGGAUAAAUCAAAAUGGCGUGUACGCUUACGUCUCCGGCUUCGGAAGAGAGGAGUAUACCCAAGCCAUCAUGGGCGGCCAAGGCGUAGCGGGUGUCCUACCCUGCAUUGUCCAGAUCCUCACCGUGAUCUCCGUACCAAGCAAGAAAGAAGGACAGAAAGCACCACAAGAGUCAUCCAAAUCCGCUUUUGCCUACUUUAUCACGGCCACAGCCGUGUCGUCCUUCGCUCUGUUGGCCUUCCUAUCUCUCGUAAAGCGACGCUCAUCGUCAACCCUCUUAGACCCAACGGACGAUCACAGCGACUCAGAUGUGCCCGAGAACAAGUCCGUCAGCCUCUGGACGCUCUUCAAGAAGCUCCGCUUCAUGGCUACAGCCAUCUUCCUCUGCUUCACCGUCACCAUGACCUUCCCCGUCUUCACAGCGGAGAUCGAAUCCGUCCAUGACACUCCCGGACGAUCACGACUCUUCGACCAGGCUGUCUUCAUCCCUCUUGCAUUCUUCUUCUGGAACGCAGGUGAUCUGCUGGGCCGAAUGCUCGUCCUAUUUCCCCGUCUCUCCUUAGUGAACCGUCCCUUUGUGCUGUUCCUCUUCUCGAUUGCUCGAGCCGCAUUCAUCCCGCUGUACCUCCUCUGCAAUAUUCGCGGCCGGGGUGCAGUGGUCGAAAGUGACUUUUUCUACCUGUUCGUCGUGCAGUUGCUGUUCGGCAUAAGUAACGGGUACUUGGGGAGUAAUUGCAUGAUGGGCGCUGGACAGUGGGUGUCUCCUGAUGAACGUGAACCUGCAGGUGGGUUCAUGGCAUUGAUGCUCGUAGGCGGGUUGACUGCGGGAAGCUUGAUGAGCUUUUUGGUUGCUGAGGCUUGA